CCUCAUCCUCCUCCUGCGCUGCCCCGCUGCCCACGGCGCCCAGGAAGUGGUGCUGCUGGACUUCGCCAAGGCGCAGGGUGAGCUGGGCUGGCUCACGCACCCCUACGGCAAAGGGUGGGACCUGCUGCAGAACGUCAUGAACGACUCGCUCAUCUACCUGUACGCGGUGUGCAACGUGCUGGAGGGCGAGCAGGAGAACUGGCUGCGCACCAACUGGAUCUACCGCGGCGCCGCGCGCCGCCUCUUCGUGGAGCUGCGCUUCACCGUGCGCGACUGCAACAGCUUCCCCGGCGCCGGCGCCUGCAAGGAGACCUUCAACCUCUACUACGCCGAGUCCGACGUCGACUACGGCACCAACUUCCAGAAGCGCCUCUUCAAGAAGAUCGACACCAUCGCGCCCGACGAGAUCACGGCGCGCGCCGACUUCGCCGCGCGCCACGUGCGCCUCAACACCGAGGUGCGCGCCGUGGGGCCGCUCAGCCGCAAGGGCUUCUACCUGGCCUUCCAGGACCUGGGCGCCUGCGUGGCCCUGCUCUCCGUGCGCGUCUACUACAAGAAGUGCCCGGCCGUGGUGCGCGGCCUGGCCGCCUUCCCGGAGACGGUGGCGGGCGGCGAGGCGCCCGCGCUGGCCGAGGUGCGCGGCGCCUGCGUGGAGGGCGCCGCCGCGGCCGCGCCGCCCGUGCUGCACUGCAACGCCGACGGCGAGUGGCUCGUGCCCAUCGGGCGCUGCCUCUGCCGCGCCGGCUACCAGCGCGGCGCCAACGAGAGCUGCCAGGCGUGUCCGCCCGGCACGUUCAAGGCGGAGGCGUCGGACGGCGCCUGCGAGCCCUGCCCGGCGCACACGCUGCCCGCGCCCGCCGCCGCCGCCGCCUGCCCCUGCCGCGACGGGCACUUCCGCGCGCCCGCCGACCCGCCCGCCGCGCCCUGCACCCGUGGGUGGCCGCGAAAGCCGCCGCGCGUCACGGCGCUCAGCCUGCGCGCCCGCACGGCCACCAGCCUGGCGCUCGCCUGGAGCCUGCCGCCCCGCCAGCGCGCCCGCGUCUGGAGGUACGAGGUCACCUACAGCAAGAAGGCGGACGAGAGCAGCUACUCGGUGCUGCGCUGCGAGGACACCUCCGUCACCAUCGCCAAGCUGGCGCCGGGCACGGCCUACGUGGUGCGGGUGCAGGCGCUCACGCAGGAGGGCGAGGGCACCUACAGCCCCCAGCACGAGUUUGAGACCCUCCCGGAGGGCGCCGAGGGCAUGGCCUCCGCCGCCGUCAUCAGCGGCUCCAUCGCCGGCGUCCUCGUGGUCCUCCUGCUGCUGGGCAUCUCCCUCUACGUCUUCUGCAGGAAUCGGCGCGCACGGACCCGCCAGGCCUCCGAGGACGUCUACUUCUCCAAAGCAGAGCAGCUCAAGCCGCUGAAGACCUACGUGGACCCGCACACCUACGAGGACCCCAACCAAGCGGUGCUCAAGUUCACCACCGAGAUCCACCCGGCCUUGGUCACCCGGCAGAAGGUCAUUGGUGCAGGCGAAUUCGGCGAGGUCUACAAGGGCACGCUGAAGCGGGGCAAGAAGGAGGUGCCCGUGGCCAUCAAGACGCUGAAGGCCGGCUACACGGAGAAGCAGCGCGUGGACUUCCUCAGCGAGGCCGGCAUCAUGGGCCAGUUCGGCCACCACAACGUCAUCCGCCUCGAGGGCGUCGUCUCCAGGCAUCAGCCCUUCAUGAUCAUCACAGAGUACAUGGAAAAUGGGGCACUUGACAAAUUCCUGCGGGAGAAGGAUGGGGAGUUCUGCGUGAUCCAGCUGGUGGGAAUGCUGCGGGGCAUCGCGGCCGGCAUGAACUACCUGGCGGGCAUGAACUACGUGCACCGGGACCUGGCGGCCCGCAACAUCCUGGUCAACAGCCAGCUGGUCUGCAAGGUGUCCGACUUUGGGCUCUCGCGGGUGCUGGAGGACGACCCCGAGGCCACCUACACGACCAGCGGCGGCAAGAUCCCGAUCCGCUGGACGGCGCCCGAGGCCAUCUCCUACCGCAAGUUCACCUCGGCCAGCGACGUCUGGAGCUACGGCAUCGUCAUGUGGGAGGUGAUGUCCUACGGCGAGCGGCCCUACUGGGACAUGUCCAACCACGAGGUGAUGAAGGCCAUCAGCGAGGGCUUCCGCCUGCCCGCGCCGCUCGCCUGCCCCUCGGCCAUCUACCAGCUGAUGCUGCAGUGCUGGCAGCAGGAGCGCGCACGGCGGCCCCGCUUCGCCGACGUCCUCGGCAUCCUCGACAAGCUCAUCCGGGCGCCCGACUCCCUCGCCUCCCUGGCAGACUUCGACCCCAGGGUCUCCAUGCGCCUGCCCAGCGGCUCCGAGGGGCUGCCCUUCCGCUCCGUGGGCGAGUGGCUCGAGUCCAUCAAGAUGCCCCAGUACACGGAGCACUUCCUGGCCGCCGGCUACACCAGCCUGGAGAAGGUGGUGGCCAUGAGCGCAGAGGACAUCAAGCGGGUCGGCGUGCGCCUGCCGGGCCACCAGAAGCGCAUCGGCUGCAGCCUGGUGACGCUGCGGGAGCAGCUCGGCGCCGGCCCGCUCUGA